GCGGGUCGCAGUGACGCGCGCGGAAGCAUCCUGGGGCCCCUCGGAAGCCGUCGGGGCGGCAGAGCGGCCGCGGCUACGGCCCGGCGCCCCUCACGGGAGGGAUUGCGCGUCGCUCCGAGCCGGCCAAAUUCCUUUGGCGUCGCCGCCGCCGCCGGCGGCCAUAUGAGUCGGGGGGCCAUGCCCCAGCCCGGAUCGUGGCCGGGCGCUAGAUGCGCGGAGAAGCUGGCGCGGGAGGCGAGGGCCGCGUCCCCGGGCCCAGCGAGAGCCGCGGCGCGGGAGGGCGGGAAGGCGGUGGCCGCAGGGCAGCCGCGGCCCGCGAAGCAGUGUCCGGCAGAGCAUGAGGAGGACAUGUAUCGUGCUGCGGAUGAAAUAGAAAAGGAGAAAGAAUUACUUAUACAUGAAAGAGGGUCAUCAGAACCCAGAUUAAGUGUAGCUCCUGAAAUGGAUAUCAUGGACUACUGCAAAAAAGAAUGGAGGGGAAAUACACAAAAAGCAAUAUGCAUGAAAAAGGGCUACGAGGAGGUUUCUCAGAGAUUCACUUCCAUAAGGCGAGUCCGCGGGGAUAAUUACUGUGCACUGAGGGCCACAUUGUUCCAGGCGAUGAGCCAGCCGGCCAAGCUGCCCUCCUGGCUGCAGGACCCCAAGCUCGUGCUGUUACCAGAAAAACUGUUCAGAAAGUACAGCUGGAUCAAGCAGUGGAAACUCGGGCUGAAAUUUGAUGGGAAGAGUGAGGACCUUGUUGGUAAAAUUACAGAGUCCCUCACACUGCUCAGGAAGAAGUGGGCAAGCUUGGCUGAAAUGAGACCUGCAGAAGCAAGGCAGACAGCUUGUGAUGAACUGUUCACAAAUGAAGAAGAGGAGUACAGUCUCUAUGAAGCUAUAAAAUUCCUCAUGCUAAACAGAGCCAUUGAACUAUACGAUGACAAAGAGAAGGGAAAGGACGUUCCAUUUUUCUCUGUGCUCCUGUUUGCUCGGGACACAUCGAAUGACCCUGGACAGCUGCUGAGGAACCACCUAAACCAGGUGGGGCACACUGGUGGCCUUGAACAGGUUGAAAUGUUUCUUCUCGCUUAUGCUGUGUGCCACACCAUCCAAGUGUACCGGCUCUCCAAAUAUGACACUGAAGAGUUUAUCACAGUCUACCCCUCCGACCCCCCAGAGGACUGGCCGGUGGUGACCCUGAUUGCUGAGGAUGACCGGCACUAUAACAUCCCCGUCCGAGUGUGUGAGGAGACGAGUCUGUGAGGCGCCCACAGUGCACAGCCUGGUGGGCCUGGCAUAGCACCUGGGCAGGGCCUCGGCCUGGGCUUUGGACUCAGCGUCCCCUAGGAUGACCCAUGAAAGACCUUGGGCCUCUGAGCCGAGUUGGACUGGAGUGUUCUGAAGACCGCCUUUGAUAUAGGAAUUAACCAGGUCUUUUCCAUCAUCUUCUCCAUAAAGCAAAUACUUUUGUCUCCUCUUUGUAUCGGAGGAGACUCAUUUUGGAGAGGAGUAUGUUUUUUAUGUCUCAAAUCAAAACUCCCUCUAAUGGUAAACUGGCUUUUAUAAGACAGUAGUUUUUUUUUUUUUCAGGUGGUAAUGGGUCCUAGGGAUCUUCCUAUGCAACCUGCUUAAUUGGUAUACUUCUGGAAUCAAAUCCGUUAAUGGUACAGCCAUAACAUCCCUCUUAUGGUUUGUCUCCUGCUUCCUGCUGAGGGAAGGGCAGUGGUUUGGAUUUACAUAUUAAUUCAGGCUGUCGUAAGCAGGCUGUCUCAUAGAAGAUGAAGAGUUGCAUCCAAAGUGGGUUAUUGAAAGACUGCUAGGAAGGCUGGAGAAGGAUCCACAGGUGGGAGUGGAGAUGGAGUAUGGACCUUGUUGCUCUCCAUGAGCAGGUCCGGUGCCUGGCAUCCCCUCAGGCAUGGGCGCUGCUGCAGGUGGCACGCUGUUCAAACUGUGGACCCCUGUGCAGGUCAGUCUAGUGUCAGGGACUAAUCAUUAAUCUAAAUUCCUAAGAUUCAUGAGUUUACCUUUGGAAGGAAGUUCAUAUGCAUCUGUGUUUUUAGAGGAGGAAACCAAGGCCAAGAGAUUCAGUCACUCGGUAGAAGUUUAGAGGUGGGGUAAGCCUGCCUUCAGGUCUACCUGGGUCCUCUUCAGGUCAUGUUUUUGAGGGCGCGUCCGUCAUCAAGUUCAUGUAACCAAGUUGGUGGCAGGGGGUGAGUAAUAGCAGAUUGACUAAGAUUUUCUUGAAUAAGUUCAAGCACAAGCAUGUAUCAAAAUUGUGGCUUUGUUGCAUAUGCCCUUGCUUUGGUUUGGGAAGCCUGCUGAGGCAACGUUGCUGGCCACGAUUACUUCUGCAGUCCAGGUGAAGGGAUAGUGGCGUGGGGGUAGACAGCUUGGCUGAGCAACAUCUGCACGAAGGCCCGAACUGUCCACGUGGAGCACAGACACUGUUUCCAGGAACCAGAUAUGUUAUGCUUUAGGACUGCGUUAGCAGCAUCUGAAUUGGCUCAUCGUUUGUGAAGGGUGCUUCCCUGAAGUAUCAAACUCUAUUUUAUAAUUAAAAUCUUUAUUUGGUCCAAUUCAUUAUAGUGUAUAAGCUAGCUAAUCAAUGGGGGGGAAGGGGAAGCUUUUUGAAACUAAGUUUUGCUUUUACUUAAUUAAAUUCUUAGUUAAAACUCAGAGGACACACAAAACUAUGCAGACCGCUAUCGUUUUCCCAUUACCUCAUCAAUAAUGUUCACCACAUUUUGCUAGAUGCUUAUUGAUUGGAGUGUUUGACUCAAACUCAGCUCUAAAAUGUGUGUGAAUGCGUUGGAGAGGCUUUGUUUUGUGACUGUGAAAUGCAGUGGUACUUUGAGUAAGUAGGUGCCUGCAAGCCAAAUUAAAGUGUAAUAAUGAAUUCUUAUUGAUUUUGGUGCUUAAUUUUGGCAUUGGUAAAUGUGCAGCAGGAAAUGCUUACCAUCUCAUUCUUGAACAUUUUUUAAAGCACAGCUUUAAACGUUUGUGAGGUAACAGAAGGGAUCUGGUUCCUCAGGCACGUUGAAUCUGGCCACUGGCUUAUGGGUACUAUUGAAUUCUGACAAUACUCACGAUCGCUUAGCUUUGCAUUUUGAAAAAUGUUCUAAUCUUUACUUGAACUUGACAAUGUAAUUGUUUACAUUUCAUACCUUUUUCACUUCUCUCUGUAUGGGAUUGUUAGAAUGUGUACAAGAAACUGUGCUCUUAACUACCCAUUGGUAUCAGUCCAGAAGGGUAAGUGUAUUUCAUGCUGCUGCUUGUCCUGAGGCCUUGUCAGACUCUGCUUCUAGCAGUCAUCCAGGCUUUGUGGGAUGAUAGCUUGCGAGCAGACAAGUUUUCAAGGAAACAAUACUUUAGGAAAUAUAAAUGGUUGGCCAGCUUUAAAAAUAACAUUUCUUGUUUAAAAAUGUAACUUUUAAUUCCAUUUUUCAUUUCUGGUCUUGAGCUGGUUGGGUGUAUCAGCAAAGUAUAAAUUGAAUUGAGACCAAAGUGGAUUCAGAAGGAUAAUCUUCUUAGAGGGAUCUCUCAAGUGAAGGUGUUCUAGGAGGGAAGGUAGUAGGAACUACACUGCUUACUUUCUAUACCAGAAGGUUGGUGCAAGAUUCAGAGGUUUUUGGACUGUGUGGUAUUGGCAGAAAGAUUAUGUACACUUUAAGCAGGCACGUGACUUACACCUUUGAGCACACUUAAGGUGCAUUUAAACCCCAAAGAAUUUCCUAGUAAUAUGUUGUUUCCUUGUAACAUGUAACAUCCAAUUAACAUCGCUUCUUCAGAAUGUUGUCAAGUUCCCCUUCUCUCCUAAGCUAUUUCUGCAUAUACAAUACAGCAUCCAUGAUUUCACUCAUAAACAAGGAACAGUGAUGGCGGCAUUGAGACAAGAAUCCAGUGUAUGCUCUUUAAUUUGUGAUCUGGGCGUAUGUGAGGUUUGAUCUGAAAUGUUUGCAGUUUCUCUUCCUUAGAAUAUGGCAGAUGUGAUAGUCAUCUACACUUUUAUUACACUAUUAUAUAUUCGCAUAAUAUCUGAUAAAAUUUUUCAGUGGUUAAUGAAAACAGACAUUGCCUUUGUAUCCUUUCAUUUUUUCCUUCCAGUUUUAGAGCUGAUCAGGUAAAACCUCAGGCCACAUGCAUCUAACAACACCUCUGUUGGAAGAAACAUGUAGGUUUAUUUUUUUAAGGGCUUUGUUACUCCCCCCCCUCUUCCUUCUCCCUUGUCCCAAGGUGCUAUUUUAUGUAACAGUUAGUCUACUUCUUCUAGCUAAUGACUGUGAAGUGCUAUGUCGGUUUUAAUCAUCCUCUUGUCAUCUCUUGCACUUAGAAAGGACUGACCUACACUUCCUGACUCUGUCUUCUUUUGAGGCAAAAUAUCAUUUGAGCCUUUUCUGUUUUUCUUAAGCAAUACUUUGACGGUAUGUCCCUUUGAAAGCCAGAAAGUAUUUUUGGAAGCAUAAGCCAUUAGGAACUCUUACUUGUAGGUGUACAUAAAAAUAAAUGCCUUUAUUUAAGAUACGUGUCCAUGUAAAGAAAUAGGAAACCCUCAACUUGUGGGGGUAAAAUAUAUGUGUGCAGUGCAGAUUGCCCAAAUAGUUUAGCAAAGGUAGAGCAUAAUGUCAAGUAAUUUAAAAAUAAUCUAAGGAACUAUAAGAAGUGACCUGAGUAAGAAGGAACUAAUUUCAGGUUAAAUAUGUCACUUAAAAACUACAAACCCAAGCAACAGAUGGCCAACACAUCUCCUGUACUUGAGUUAUAAAGGAAUAAAAAUUGAAUGAGUUGAAGGACUGCUGCAUUUGUGUUCUGCAAAUUCAUAUUUCUAAAACAUACGUUCCCUAUUUUAACAGGUUUCUAAUAUUUGGAUCUAAGGGGUUGGAGAGAACAGAGAGCCGGUGCUGGUGCAGCUGUGCCGCGGGUUAGUGAAUGUGCAGAUAAAGCAGGCCCCUGACCAUCAAUGUUUGCAGAAUUCAGUUUAUAACUUGGAGUCAUGAAACAAAACAAAACAAAACUGGUUCAGUUCCCUGCCAUCCUUGGCUUUUCCUGGAAGUCAGUAACAGUGGGCUUGAAGUGGGCGUGAGUGGGCCCAGGAGUUGUGGUGCAUUUGAGCCUACGGUCUUUCCUUUAUGCACGUGCGUUCCUGCAGCGUGGGAUAGAGCAGCGUUCCGGGAGGGAGGUGAGCCGUGCUAUUUCAUUGUAUUUUUUUUUCAUGUUAAAUUGAAAUUACUGGGAAUGGUGGAAUGGGUUAGUCUAUAUAAUUAAAAUAUACAAGGUGGUCAUAAAGUUGAAACAUAUUAACUGAAACAUAGUAUCAGUAAACCAUUUAUCAUGUAUACCUCUGUUCCCAGACCUUAUGGUUAACGUAUAUUAAAAUGUUAAAUGCUGACUAAUAGAACUACUAAUAGAGGGAAACAUUGACUGGAGUUUUCUCUCAGUUAAUCACAUUGAUUUCUUGGUGUACGUUUGGGUCAGGAAUGAGAUCGCCAAAACAUGAAUAAUACAAGGAAUAACGGGAAAAACCAAAGGGCUGGAAAUAUCAGUCUUGGCUGUCACUUUCCUACUAUUAUGGACAGUUGAGCAUAAUUCUGAACUUCAAAAUCAUUUUUGUACUUAAUUUUAGGGGCUUUCAUUUAUAUAUUUAUAUAUUGAAAAUUGCCUUGAUCUAUUUUCAUGUAAAUGGUCCUAAAAUUACGCUACCUGCAUUCCUUUUAAGAAACUGCAGCAAUCCACAAUAAUGCUGGCUACUCCUGGGUAUUUCCAUGUGGGAACAAAGCCAAAAUGAAUGUGUUUAAUGAGCUCCCUUCAACUUUCUCAUUUUAUAAAAAUGUUUUGGUGUGACCCGCAUUUCGGCAGAUGACCACUUUCUGUAUUGUGAUUGAGAGGAUUAUGACCGGAUUUUAGAACUCUUGCAAGGGGAGACUUUGUUUCUCUUGCCUGUGGGCUCGGCUGUGAAGGGAGAGCAUCCAGGUGACACCCACUCUGAACCUGACCGCCCUCCUUUAGACUUGUCCAGCAGCGUCUCCUCUGUUUACUCUGUAAAAUAUCUGCAUUUGUCGAAAACUCUGCCUGCCCUGAAAACCGUGCCCCGGCGGCUCUAGUCCCUUGUGGGCUUUGCUUCCCACCUGCACAUGUGGUCAGACGUCCGGCUCGCAGGGGCCCCAGGUCUCCCGUCACCUGUUGUGUCUCUGGUCUUAUUGUCAGAGGCUGAACUGACUCAGGCUUUGCUAUUGAAUCCCUUUAGCAAACCCAACCGCUGAGGAUUGUCAAAAUAAAUGACUAAAAAAAAUUAAACUCAGAAGCGAAAACUGGCUUUUUGGUUGUGAUGAAGUGCCUGCAUUUGAGGACUCUGGCCGAUUUUGGUCCAAUGCUUUACUUUCCACCAGGAUCGAUCUUGUCCAGAUGGCUGACCCUUGGCUUCAUUGGUGCCCAAAGAAUCAAGGAUUUGGGGAGGUGGUAUUGGGUAGUGCUGCAGAGUUAAAUGAGAUGAUGCACAUGAAGCAUUUUGGCACAGUGCCUGACCCACAAUAAAUGCUCUCUCACAGACACGAAUUAGUUGCAUAAUUUGGACUUGGGUCUGGAUUCAGUAUCAGUUCCACCACCUGCUAGUAGGGUGAGCUUGGGCAAGUUACUCAACCUCCCAAAAGAAAUCACAGGUUCUUCAUCUGCCAUGCAGAAUCUGUCCUGAGUGGUGAGGAUGAAGUGAGGUGUAAGCAUGUACCAGAGGCUGACAGGGAGAGCCCCAGGAGUACAGACGGGGCUGCGGCCCCAUUCCAGACCAGCCUUGCAGGGUGUUUGUUGAGGAGAGGCCUGCCCUGCAUGCAGUGCUCAGGUUUAUGGACCAUUUACACUGAUGCACAUGCACCUAGAAGGGUGAUAGCAAGAGCUUCUGAAUGUAUGCUUUGCAUCACACUGUCACUGAAAGAACUAAAUCUAAAGGGUGUGUGUGCAGUGGGUUCAGAGGUAUUCUUGGGUUAGUAAAUGGAAUGUGAGCCAGCAGAGACCUGCUUUCCUGUUAGAACUACCUAGUCUGGGAGUCAGCUAGCAGCAUGGUGCUGGGCUUCUGAAGAACCCAUUGGGCUGGCUGGGCAUCCUUCAGAAUGGGGUGCCAGGUUGGUGACAGGCAGUCAAAAGACAAGAGACCUCUCUGUGAUUAACAAAACAAAACAUGAGGUUCCUCCUCUGCUGCCCCAUUGACUUGGGUCAAUAAACUUAAAACAGGCUAUAAGUACACUUUCUCCCUCCACCUGUCUGAAUUAUGGUGCUGUGCUCAUCUCCAAGGGUAGUGUCCUUUGGGUCCCCUUUUGCAGCCUUCCUCCACCCUAGGAAGUGUAGAGAAAAAUGGAGGUGGGCUGUGGUCCCGUGGAGGCCCCCAUAAGAAGGUUUUUACAUCAUUAAAUGAUGACGAGAAUCCCAACUCUGUUAACGUGUGUUUACAACAAGAGGGUACUUACAGAAUGCAUGUCCACUGACUGUCUUGUUGGAAACCUGGACCUUCUGUGGUUUCUCUGAAAGGUUUGUCUCCUCUCCCCACCCCCACCUCCCCAUGCCCCUACCUGUCGGGGCUUGGUGUGAGUGGCUUAGGAAUAAUGCUUUCCCGAUUUUCUGGGUUGGGAGGAUUGACUCCAGACUUCCAGCCCCCUGCUUGGUAUCAGGGAGGCAGAACUGAUUUGGCCCUUGCCAUGGAAAAAGUCAUGGGUGACACUUGCUUUACUCUCUCAGCUCCCUAGAACUUAAGAAGGAAUUUUUAGCUCCUUCCUGCACAACCCCGCUCACUGCCUGGCCGGCUGUCCUUUCAAGAUGGGCGAGAGGUUUGGUGACAGUUAUUUUAACAAAACAUUUAUUGUAGCCUAUGACAAUGUUGUACAAAAUGCCUUUUUUGGGGAGAUAAAAUGCUAUGGAAAGGUCCAGACAACUGUCACCACGUGUCGUGCUGUUCGUUUAGGAGACGGCGUGCCUGAGUGUCAGAAUGUUGAGAAAAUAAAAAGCAGACAUGCGCUAGGGUCGUUGUGGUUUUAGGUAUGUGGAGAACACAUCCUCCUAGUCUACAUUCUCUCCUAAGGGGUUGUUUCGAGUCAGGCAGGACUUGAAUUGUGUUAGGUCUUGAGGAGCACGAUAUACAAGGUGUUCUUAGAUCUUUAAAAAGCAUUAUAUAUUUAACAUCACUGAAUAUUUCCAGUUUCACAAUUAUAAGUAGUGCUGCAGUGAGCAUUCUUAUUCAUGAAUCUUUUUCUGAAUCUCUAGGAGUUGAACUUGAAACAUACUUUGAGACUGCCCUCCAAAAAAGUUGUAGGAAUGUUCACCCUCAGAGGCAGGUAUUGGAGGGCCGGGUUCAUUGUCCCUUUGUAAUUUAAUUGUCAACUUUGACAGCGUUCAAAAAAAAAAAAAAAAAAAAGAAAAAAAAUUGGCUUUUGAUUUA